AUGGCUUACCUCCACUCCCAGCAUUACAUACACCGUGAUCUGGCUGCACGAAAUGUUUUGGUGGAGAAUGAGAAUGUGGUAAAGAUUGGGGACUUUGGACUGGCCAAAGCGGUACCUGAAGGCCAUGAAUAUUACAGAGUAAGGGAGGACGGUGACAGCCCUGUGUUCUGGUAA